UCCAUACUUACUGCGAUGUAGAUAAUUCCAAACAAGCUUUUAUUUCAUUUUUUUAUUGCAGUAAGUUAAAAAAUGAUCGCCGUAGCAAAGCUUUUACGCCAGAUCACACGACAUGCAUGCGAGAUUUGGCCUAACGUUAGCUACCACAGUGAUUGUAUGAGAGGAGGGGAGGGGAAGGGGGUUGUCAGGGCUCGUAUCAGCAGAGUUAGCUAGCUAACUAGAGUACGGAAGCAAAUGAUAGCCGUCUAGAUAUUAAUUAGUAAGGGUUCGUAUCUGGCGACAAAAAUGUGCAGUAUCAGCAUGGCAGACAAAAAUGGCAAGAAAGGGAAACCUGUAGGUGUUAAGAGAACAUUGACCAAGAGAGAACAAGAAGAUCUGAAGAAAAAGGAACAAGAAAAAGCAGCUGACGUUUUUGAAGAGUUUUUAGCAUCUUUUGACAGUAACGACAAAAGUGGGGUGAAAACGUUUGUUCGUGGGGGGAUCGUGAAUGCAACUAAAGAAGAGGAAGCAGCAGAGGUCAAAAAGAGCAAGCUUUACCGACCGAACACAAAGUUUACUUCAGUGUCCCAGAAUGUCUCACCAGCACACUCUUCGGAAGUCAGAAGGCCGAUUGUUAAAAAGAAGACAGAAGAGAAGAAGAAGAGCAACCUUGAACUUUUCAAAGAGGAGCUAAAGCAAAUACAGGAGGAACGUGAAGAAAGGCACAAAAAAAAGAAGAAUGAGCCUGGAGGAGGAUAUGGGGAAUUGGACAUACCACUAACACGACGAUCAAUAUUUGAUGAUGACUCAGCAACACCGAACACAACGAACCUGUACAUUGGCUGCAUUAACCCAAAGAUGAAUGAAGAAAUGCUUUGCAAAGAGUUUGGCAAGUAUGGUCCCCUGGCAAGCGUGAAGAUCAUGUGGCCCCGUAGUGACGAGGAACGUACCAGGGUCACAAACAGAGGCUUCGUGGCCUUUAUGACCAGGAAAGAUGCAGAGAGGGCCUUGGCUGCUCUAGACGGUAAAACAGUUUUGGGUUUUGAAAUGAAGCUGGGAUGGGGGAAAGCUGUUCGCAUCCCUCCCCAGCCUCUCUAUACACCCAUAGGGGUACUGAAAAUCUCCACACCCCCACCCCCCUCUGGCCUGCCCUUCAAUGCUCAGCCCCGAGACCGCUUCCGUAAUGACUUUACCAAGCCAUGGGGCAGGUCUAAGGAGGAGUUUGACAAGACUCUGUCCGAAGCCGUAGUCAAAGUGGUUAUCCCAACAGAAAGGAAUCUGUUGGGCCUCAUCCACAGGAUGAUAGAGUUUGUGGUGCGUGAGGGACCCAUGUUUGAAGCCAUCAUUAUGAGCAAAGAGAAGAACAACCCUGACUUCAGGUUCCUGUUUGACAACAAAAGCCAAGAUCAGGUGUACUACCGCUGGAAACUCUACUCCAUUCUCCAGGGCGAGCCCCCCAGUGAGUGGAGGACGGCAGACUUCCGGAUGUUCCGUGGGGGCUCCAUCUGGAGGCCGCCCCUCCUGAACCCCUACCUCCAUGGAGACGAGGAGGCGGGAGAGGAGGAACAGUCUCCCUCUCAGGAGGAGGAGCUGAAAAAGGGCCAGCUGAAGACCGAGCACAGAGAGAGACUGGAGACACUGCUGAGAGGGCUCACCCCUCGUAGGGAGGAUGUUGGUGAUGCCAUGCUGUUCUGUCUGGAGAGAGCCGAGGCAGCGGAGGAGGUGGUGGGGUGCAUCGCGGAGUCCCUGUCUCUCCUUCAGACACCACUGCAGAAAAAGAUUGCCAGACUGUACCUGGUAUCCGACAUCUUGUACAACUCCUGUGCCAAAGUUGCCAAUGCAUCUUAUUAUCGCAAAUAUUUUGAAGCAAAAUUGCCCCAGAUAUUUGGUGACAUUAGUGAUGCAUAUCGAAACAUACAAGCAAGACUACAAGCGGAACAAUUCAAGCAAAAGAUAAUGGGCUGUUUCAGGGUCUGGGAAGACUGGGCUGUCUACCCAGAGCCCUACCUGAUCCAGCUGCAGAAUAUCUUUCUGGGUCUUGUCAAGGCAGGAGAUGAAGUGAUCGAGAGGGUAGAGGUGGCGUCUCCAGACCUGGAUGGAGCCCCAUUGGACGGGGCACCGUUAGAUGGAGCUCCGCUGGACGACCUUGACGGCUCGCCCCUGGCCUGGGACCCUGCCUCCCUGGAUGGGGUGCCUGUUGACGACAUCGACGGAGUUCCCCUGGGCGCUCCCAUGGAUGACAUCGACGGAAUGCCUUUGGAUGAUCAGGCCCACUCCAAAGUGGCUCUGUCUAAAUGGGAGAGGGUGGACGAUGCUGAAGCUCUCCCACAAGCUAACACUGAAUCCAAAUGGGACAGUGUGGGAGAGCGAUAUUCUGGGGACAACACGAAUGUAAGUACUAACACUAAGGAAGGAGAUGGCAAAUCAGAGGGUGACAGCAGCGAUGAUGACAGCCCAUCUAAGUACGACAGUGCUGACUUCAAGAGCUCCCUCAGUAGUUUUGAGAUGUCUGAGAGCAAGAGGAGCCGGCUGAGAGAGCUGGAGGUGAAGGUGAUGCAGUUCCAGGAUGAGCUGGAGACUGGGAAGAGGCCCAGGAAGUCCGGAAUGAACAUGCAGAAACAGGUGGAGCACUACAGGAACAAGCUGCUACAGAAGGAGUUUGAUAAGGAUGACCAGGAGAAGAAAGAGCGAUCCACACCCAAGUCAAAAGACAGAUCAAAGAAAGAGGAGAGGAGAGACAAGACUGAGGAGAGCAGUAAAGGACGGGAGAAGGAGAAGAGCAAAAGGAGUCAAGACCGGGACAGGAGCAGGGACAGGGGACGCAGUAGAGACACAGAGGAACGGACACAGAAAUACAGAGGACAUUCUCCCUCAAAAACAAAGUCAAAGUCUCCGAAGAAGUCCAAGCGGUCCCGGUCGCCCUCGCCUGCCAGGAAGACGUGGAGGAGGUCUAGCUCCCGGUCACCACACCGCUCCCACAAAAAGACAAAGAAGAGCAAACACUGAUCCAGAGGCCUGGACUCCAUGCCGCUCUCCUUGACGCCGCAAGGGGACUCCCAUGGACUGUCCUGCUCUGCCAGUGAUUACCAUGACACGGCCCCACCACGCUCGUUUCCUCACAAUGCCUCUGAACUGUCAGCUGUUUGUUCCCCUCUGUACCGAUAUCCCGAUUGCGGCAGUCAAGAUUUGGCAAAUUUUUUUGUAAGAUGCCGUUUGAACAUUAUUUGUACAGUUGUUGUGCCGUUUGUUUUUAAACCCCAUUCAGAUUAUUGCGACUAGUCCCUGAGAUGUCACAAUAAAUCACUAUUGGCAUUGUGUCCAUUGUCCAAGGUGGGGAAUGAA